AUGUCUUCUUCUUCGAGCAGCGGCCUAACUUUCAAGCUCCAUCCCCUCGUCAUUGUCAACAUCUCCGAUCACUACACUCGGGUCAAGUCCCAGUACCUUCCGCCUCCGGAUGCCCGCAACGGUGGCGAAAAUUCAGUGGUCUCUCUUCCAUCGCCGCCGCGCGUGUACGAAUGCGUCAUCGGCGUCCAGCGCGGCCGCAUCGUGGAGAUCUUCAACAGCUUCGAGCUUAUUGAUCAUAGAAAGAUCCUAAUUUCUGAAAACCACAUGGAAGCUGAAAGAAUAUCUGUUGAUCAUGUCGCCCAUCUUAAGCCAUCUGAUGGGGGUUCAGCUGCAACUCAAUUGGCUGCUCACCUUACUGGCAUACACAGUGCAAUUAAGAUGCUGAAUAGCAGGAUCCGGGUGCUUCAUCACUAUCUUCUUGCCAUGCAGAAAGGUACUAUGUGCAUUUUAUUUCUUUUCUUCUAUGGAGAGAAUAUUCAAGAAUAUAAUGACACUCUGUUGAUAAUGUAUCUGGCAAUGUUCACCAACUGUUCAAGCUCGUUCAUCGAGCUGGUCGACAAAUUCAAGUAG